CCCACAUGAUCGCGCCUGCCUUCAAUCAUUGAGGGCAUGUAUUUCCAUCGUUAGAACGGUCACUCUGCUAUCUACUCAUUAUAAUAGAUCAUCUUUGAUAGUGUUCAAUUUUUCAAGAUGUCGUCGCUGGAACAGAGACUCUCCCGAAUCGAGGAGAAACUAAAGCAAGAAAAUAAAGAAGCUCGUAGAAGAAUUGACCUCAAUAUCGACAUGAGUCCACAACGUUCACGUCCGAGGCCAAUCAUCGUGAUCCAGCUCAGUCCUGCUCCAGCUCCUUCCCAACGUGCAGCUCUUCAGCUMCCCCUGGCUAACGACGGAGGGGGGAGUCGCUCCUCAUCCUCUGAGAGCUCGCCCCAGCACCAUUCCUACCCCAGCCGCCCGCGACACAUGCUCAACCUGCCCACGCCACAGUACAGCCUGGUGAAGAGCGUGGAGAAUGCGGAGAUAGACCAGAAGCUGCAGGAGAUCAUGAAACAGACAGGCUACCUGAAGAUCGACGGCCAGCGGUACCCAGCCGAGGUCAGUGACCUGAUCAGCGAGGGGGAGAUCGGCAGCGGCACGUGCGGUCAGGUGUUCAAAGUGCGCUUCAAGAAGACGGGCCACGUCAUCGCCGUCAAACAAAUGCGCCGGACAGGAAACAAGGACGAGAACAAGAGGAUUCUGAUGGAUCUGGAUGUGGUGCUGAAGAGCCAUGACUGCCCUUACAUCAUCCAGUGCUACGGCGCCAUAGUUACCAACACGGAUGUGUUCAUCGCAAUGGAGCUGAUGGGGACGUGUGCUGAGAAACUCAAGAAGAGGAUCCAGGGGCCCAUACCUGAACGCAUCCUGGGCAAGAUGACCGUGGCAAUAGUGUCAGCUCUGCUGUACCUGAAGGAGAAGCACGGUGUGAUCCACCGGGACGUGAAGCCCUCCAACAUCCUGCUGGACAACAAGGGCCAGAUCAAGCUGUGUGACUUUGGCAUCAGCGGACGACUCGUCGACUCCAAGGCCAAGACCCGCAGCGCCGGCUGUGCUGCCUACAUGGCUCCUGAGAGAAUAGACCCCCCAGAUCCCAGCAAGCCUGACUAUGACAUCCGAGCAGACGUCUGGAGCCUGGGCAUCUCUCUGGUGGAGCUGGCCACAGGACAGUUCCCCUAUAAGAACUGCAAGACCGACUUUGAGGUCCUGACCAAAGUGCUGCAGGAAGACCCUCCCUCGCUCCCCCUCAGCAUGGACUUCUCCCUCGACUUCCAGUCCUUCGUCAAAGACUGCCUCACAAAGGAUCACAGAAAAAGGCCAAAAUACCACAAGUUGCUCGAGCACAGUUUCAUUCGGCGCUAUGAGGUGCUGGUGGUGGACGUGGCYGGCUGGUUCCAGGCGGUGAUGGAGCGCACUGAGUCGCCGCGCAGCAGCCAAUGUUACCACCAGCACCAGCUCCACUCGCUCUUCAGCAGGUAGCCCCCGGCCACUGGCCCCGCCCCGGAGCCACUGGAGCCUGCAGCCGCCCCAGCCUGCAGCCGGGAGACCCCAGAGAGGGUCGGAGACACGGAGUAGGCCUUUAUCCCUAGACAGACAGACUGGCUCGGUGGAUUGAUUGAUUGAGUCUGGUUGAUUGACUGAUUGAGUCUGGAUCAGGACAGACAGACACGAGGGAGAGUAGAGCUUCACACUGUAGUUAAGCGUCAUCAGAAGUCAUAUCAGCACAUGUACAUUAUCAUCGUGAACACUUCAGCACAUACUGUAGGUUACUCUGUAUCCACAAUGCAUGCACACUUUUCCAUCCGUUCGAUACUGACGUACAGUAGUGAUACUGUAAAUGCAUUCACGUGGUUAAACACAUACAUAAAUACUACUCACUCACUAAUCAUAUCUCACGCGCCUGUGUAAUCUUGUUCAGCUCCAGCCCUAGUCAUAGCUACGGGGUCUGACAACAGAGUAGUCGAUACACACUGGAGCWKAUUUCUGCUACAUCAUGUAGUGUUAAGACAAUGUAAGAGUCCCUACGGCAAGCCCAGAGGCCCAGUUUCAUCCGCAGUGAUGGCUAGGCUCAGAAGUGGAAGGUUCAGUGCAAUAUUCAGCCGGGUGUUAUUGUUUCUAUACUUACUCUUCAACAGGUUGUGUAUGAGUGUGUGUACUAAGACACAAGUGUGCGCUCACUAUUAUGGAUGGCAUAUAGCUGUCCCACUGUAGCUCUAACAGACCAACUAGACCCGCUGUAUUUGUUUCAGUCUGGUUUUUAACCAUCGUUUUGAAAAUACAAUAGAUGACAGAAACUUUAACUUUGAUUCAAAUGCUUAGAGAGAAUAUCAACAAGUACAUGUUCUAGCAGCUUWGAAUUGGAAAAACGGCGAAAAAUACAAAAAAAAAGUUGGGUUAUGCGUAGCUCUGUAGAAAAGGUGUUUUGUAUUUAUUUAUUUAGAGUUCAGGAUGGUUUUGAGUGGGACUGGAUAACCGGUGGAUGAGUGGGAGGGAUACAGAGGAGGACAAAAGUCUGCCUUUUAUCGGACUUGGUUUACUGCAUUUACCCCAGCUGCUGUGGUGAAACUCAGUCAGGGAAACUGUACUGCUAGAUGAGGUUUAAAGCAGUGUUGCUUAUUGUUGAAGAGGAGUGUUAGAAAAGAAAACCGUUUGGAGGCGAACGGAGGGGAGGCGUGCGUUAUUUGUGUCAAGAAACAGGCAAGAGACAGCAGCUUGCCCUUUACAAAUAAUACAAUUAGAUAUUUUGGGCUGUGGAGCAUUUCAACCCUCCCUCCUUCCGCUCUUUCUCAAUGGCACUCAGCCACUCACCCUCUUCUUUAUUUCAUUCUUUCUGCUGUUCCAUCUUUUAGAGGCUCCACWGUUUUGUCAAACCAAAGGUGGUAGUUGUUGGUGGAGGGUGUCACACAAGGCCCUCUCGUUGCUCCUGACUGUUGCUUCCCCUCCUGCAGGGCCAGAGCCAAAGCCAGGUAGAGAAGACUACCCCCUCCCUUUCCUAGCCUGAGCAUUAGGAGUUUGUAAGACGGCACUGACAGAUCUGGGAUCAGGCUUCCCCAACACACAACCAAGCCAAAUCACUGCUAGACACAGACACGAUAAGAGAGGGAGAUCAACGGUAUGUCAGAGAAAUGGAGAGAGGGAAUCGGAAACGUCGACUAUGAUAUGUGCAGAAGAAGAGCUAGGGAGAAAGCAAGACGAUGGAAAGAGUUGGAUUUAAAAAAUAAGUAUUUUGGGAUGAAAGGAUGAGGUGAAAACGAGUGGAGGAAAGAAGGAUAAGAAAGUGGAAAGAAGGUCAAGAGAGGUAUGUACAGAAAGGUAAGGGCCAUCUAGAGCUAGUGAGGGAAGAGUGAGUGCAGCAGAGCGGUGAGUGGUUUUGAAUAACGGAGAGAUGUGAGGAGGAGAGAGUUUGGAGCCCUGAAUUCAGCCUUAGGCAGCCAGGUAUGGAUCAGAUGUUGAAGCCUGCUGGACAUUGUAAAAUCCUUCAAUGGUGUUGCACCAAAUAUACCAUUAUGAUUUUUAGAGUGAAUUAGGAUUUGUGUUUUGAUUGUUUGCUAUUCUAUUCAUUAUUGUAUCUUUCAAAAAAUAUUUAAUUAUUUAUUACGUUGCUACUACUGCUGCUAAUUUUUCUUUAGACUGCUGUCGAUAAUGGUCCCCCAAAGGACAAAUACUUUUAUCUUUUUAAAACCAAAUAAGUGAAGUAAUGCAAUGUCUUUACAGUUACCAAUAACAGAAAAGCAAGUCUGAUGGUGAAGGGUGUGAGAGAACAGUGACAGAGAGCUAAACCCAUAGAUGAAGUAGCAAUAGUUAACGUCACUAAACUAAUCCACGCAAUUGAUGUACACCUCACAUGUAUCUAACAGUGUAAUAGCAUGUUGGUAGUCACAUAUCGCACUACAGCACCACAAAGUCUAGUUAUUAGAGAAGGAGUGUCCGUCUGUCCGUCCUGACCUGUGAACCUUGACCUUUUUGCUCCCUGACCUUAGACAUUGUAGUCCAGGGUCACCCUGAUUUAGAAUGGUCUGUCUACCUGUCCGUCUGUCUGUCCGUCCGUGGGCCUCCUGCAAGCUCGACCUUGACAUUACACACCAAAGGUGUCAUCAACGAAAACAAGUUAUUAUUGUUAUUGAUAUUCUAAUUGAUUACUAUGACUACGAUAUAUUCAGAGUUUCUCUGUAGCUAGUGUGGGAUAGGGGGAGGGGGUGCUUUAGGGGUAGCAAUGCCCGUGUGUGUAGAAUACAGGGAGAGACUUGUACUCUGACAAAGCCUGGGCACAGCAAUCACACCCACUCAGCCAGACAGACCUUUUUACUGUGUAAACUGGUACUGUYAUAAGCCACUGCUCACCAUCACCAGGUCUUGGGAGAGUUCAMYAGAUUGMCUGUGUUGCAGGUAGAAUAUACAUGGUUCUCUUAUCGUUGUGGAAUAGAGAACAGUGUUGGUUCUUUGCGUUAUGUUUCAGUCUGCAACGUUCUGUUUGUUGUUGCCCCUCCGCAAAUCAUCAUGUACCAACUUUGAACCAUGGCUCUUUGGUUUUGGUUCUUCUAUAGGCAAUCAGGUAGUAAUGACAGACACAUUAUUAUAUAAGCCUGGCCCACUUGCUAAAACAAAGUUUUAAAAUACUGACUUUACAUGUACUUUUAUUAGUACUAUCCCUUGUAAUUUACACGCUUUCUACCCCUUGGGUUGUCCAAAAUCACUACAAAGUGCACUCUACUCAAAGUGCACCCUAUUCCCCCAGUCUUGGCUGUCCAGUGCUGUGUCAGACCCAGUCUCCCACUGUCAACUUUCUCUUUUGUUUUGCUGAUGUCUUUUUACAAGCACACACACGUGGUUGGAAAACACCUGACAGGUGACUGUGCCACUCUUCACCUUUCUAAAAACGGCAAGAACUUUUU